AUGAACCCGGUGGAUCACGCCUCUCUGGAAUUUGCAGACGUCUAUGGCGAGGUAGCGCUCCGGGCAGUUAAGCUCGCCGCCCAUGUUAAUCAGCUGGCCAAAGAUUAUCAGGGCGAGCUUCAUCUGAGCAAGCAACGAUGUGAGGACGCCCGUGUAGAAGCUAGCGAGGCGAACCAGAAGCGCGAGGCGGCCGAGAAGGAGUGCGCCGAUCUCCGGGCCAAGCUGAAACUCGCCGAUGAUCAGAUCAAGGUGUUGGAGAAUCGUUCGGUGAGAAAAGACAAGGCGAUCGAAAACGCAACAACGAACUGGGAAGAGGCCGAGAAAAAGCUGGAAGAAGCUGUCCGACUCAAAGAGGCGGAGAUUGUCGCAGCCGUUGUGGGGGCGAAGCGUGAUAUAACAAGUAGGUUUUACGCGAGGGUUUCGAAAGCUCGCAAAUGCUUUGAGGAGAUAGAUAGCGAGGCUCUCGUCAGCAUGAGGGAUCUUUACGAGAUGAAGAGCAACCUCGCUCUUUUGACCAUGCUUCAGAAGCCCGACGCUCCCUCUCUUGACGACGAGGUGAAGAACGUUCUCGGCGCCAUMGAGAAUGUUAAGGAAGCGGGUGAGCGUUUCAAUCGGCUAUGGUUGGAGAUGGACAAAGUCCUCACUCUUGACUCUACUACCGAUGGUCUAGCGGCAAGCAUUGGGGUUAGUGAGCCUUCUGGUUCGAAUCGUGGCAAUCCUGGAAUCACCGAGUUUGCCGCCAAGGAGCGAUCAGGAAAGUCUACGCCGAUCGAAGACUUGGCCGAUCCAUCGGUGGCGAAGACCGGUCAUGCUGCUUUGGAUUUUUCUGGCGAGUCCAUGGAUGAAUUCGUGGAGUCUGUCCAAAAGGAUGCUGCUGCUGGGUUUCAAGUGAUGGUGAGCUGCGAUGUGAAUCUCGGAGAUGAAGAGAAGGGAACAGAGGAAGCCGGAGUUGGAGAGGAGAUGAAGGCGGCUGAUGGAGCCGAGGCGAAGAUGAGCACUCCUUAG